CACCAUCCUCUCAAUGGUAACACGGAAACAAGCAGCAGAGCCAGCCGGGUGUGAACUCUGGGGACGCGGGUGCUUCCCUAACCCGGCGGAGGAGAGCUCAAGCUAAGGGUGACCAGCAUAUAACCUGCUGAAGAAAGAAAAUUGGAAAAUUUACUAAAACCAAGAAUGAUGGAUCCAUGUUCCGUUGGAGUCCAGCUUCGUACCACAAAUGAGUGUCAUAAAACCUAUUAUACUCGUCACACAGGUUUCAAGACUUUGCAAGAACUGUCAUCAAAUGAUAUGCUUUUACUUCAACUUAGAACUGGAAUGACACUUUCUGGGAACAAUACAAUUUGCUUCCAUCAUGUAAAAAUUUACAUUGAUAGAUUUGAGGAUUUGCAGAAGUCAUGUUGUGACCCAUUUAAUAUACAUAAAAAACUAGCCAAAAAAAAUCUGCACGUGAUUGACUUAGAUGAUGCCACUUUUCUGAGUGCAAAAUUUGGAAGACAGCUUGUACCUGGUUGGAAGCUUUGUCCAAAAUGUACUCAGAUAAUCAAUGGAAGCGUGGAUGUUGAUUCUGAAGACCGCCAGAGAAGAAAACCUGAAUCAGAUGGAAGAACUGCUAAAGCUUUGAGGUCAUUACAGUUUACAAAUCCAGGAAAGCAAACUGAAUUUGCUCCAGAAACUGGUAAAAGAGAAAAAAGAAGGCUUACCAAAAAUGCAACUGCUGGUUCAGAUAGACAGGUGAUCCCAGCGAAGAGUAAGGUUUAUGAUAGCCAGGGUCUCCUGAUUUUCAGUGGGAUGGAUCUCUGUGACUGCCUUGAUGAAGACUGCUUGGGAUGUUUCUAUGCUUGUCCUGCCUGUGGAUCUACCAAAUGCGGAGCUGAAUGCCGCUGUGACCGCAAGUGGCUAUAUGAGCAAAUUGAAAUCGAAGGGGGAGAGAUAAUUCAUAACAAACAUGCUGGAUUUUUAACGGCUUGGAGCAGUUUUAAUUUUCCCCACUGAUUGAUUAUUCAGAUUACUUUGCAUGGCCAUUUUUAUGGUCCCUCAGUACCAUUGCAAAAUGAGGACUGCGUGCAGCUGGGGACAAUGCCUACUUCAGGGGAAAUGAUUUUGAUUCAACUGACUAAUUGAGUAUAACUAUUUGGAAAUAAUCUACAUAUCUAAGUCAUAAGAUACAUUGCUUUUUCUUAUUCUUCAAAGAAAAAUAAAUCUUCAAUAUUAUAAAUCUUUGUACAAUGCAUUCUCUGUGAAAAUAUGUUCUUAGGGACAAAAAAAGCAUCGUAUUCUGUUUAUGUAUAAAGCACAAGUUUACAUACGACGCAUAAACAGAUAAUACAUUAAUCUGUAGUGUUAAAAUUGUAUGAAGUGGUUGCCUAGGUUUAAAAGGUCUAAAAAUGCUCCUUAAGGGAAUGAUAAUGAAAAGAAGGUAGAGAAACACUGGCUGGGCUGGGAUGAACCAGGAGCCAGGUCCUCAGUCCAGGUCUUCCAUGUGGGUGGCAGAGACCCAGUCACUUGAGCCCAUCACCUGCUGCCUCCCAGAGUGCACACUAACAGGAAGCUGGAACUCAAACCAAGGCACUCUAACAUGAGAUGCAGGCGGUCCAACUGGCAGCUUAACUGCUAGGCCAAACACCUGCCCAUGGAAUCAUCUUUGUUGGGAAAAAUGGCUUUAAUUUAAAUUGCUGUAUUCCAGCAUUCCUUGGUGGGACAUUACCCUGUUAUUUUAAGAUAGUAAUAAGUUUUUCAAGGGAAAAUUUCCUAAACAAUUUUGAUAGUGUUUGUUCAUCGUGCCCAUUUAGGGAACCAGACUUAUGAUAAUACAGAGAAAGGUACAUCUGAUUUAGAAAAGGCUACGAUACGAGUAAAAGCCAUGUUUUGGAAAAAUUACAUCACAAUUCCACUUACUGUUUCUUAAUAUAAAAUGAUGGAAAUUAUACAGUGAAACAUCUAGCUCCUUAUUAUAUUUUGCAUAUUAUUAAGGUGGCUAAAUUACUUCAGAAUUCUAUUCAUCUGGAAAGUAAAAAUAAAACUUAUAUAAACAGUUGACUCCUAUGUGCAGAUCCUAGUAGAAAAGUUGCUGACCUUACAAGUGUUACACAAAGUAAAAAUGUAUAUGUGUAUUUGAAUAAAGUGUCAUCCCAUGUGACUGAA